AUGGUGAGCUUCCUUUCUAUCAUCCUUGCUUUACGAUUUUGUUGCCUAGAUUGAAGUUUCUCUGAUUAAAAGGCUGAAUCUUUGGGGUUAUCUGAAAGUUUGCCUAACCAUUUUUCAAUGAACUGUGAGGUUCCUGUAAUUUUAGAAAAUGUAAUCGCAUAAAGUUCAUAAUUUUUUCAAACGACGAUUAUUGCGUGUUAGAACAGAAAAAGAGAAGAUCAAUUUUAAAAAAACAAAAAAAGAGACCGAACUCGAAAUUUUUUUAUCUUUUUUUAUUCAGUUUUUCACCUCUCUUUUUUUAAUUAUCAAAAAUUUGAAGGGCUAGCAAACUUUCGAUGAGUACUGUCUAAAGAGUGGAUUUUCUAAGCUACUUAAAUGAAACCCGAAGUUAAUGAAACUUAUUCUUCCCCCAUUUCUUUCGGUAAUUCAUCGCCAUUUCAAUAUUUUGAUUUCAGCUGCGUUCCGUGAUUCUAGUGGCCCUCUCGGCCUCACCCAUGCUCGCCUGCAUCGGCGGCGGCGGUGGUAACUGCUGCCCACCCAGUGCUCCAGCUGGUUGCGGCGGACCUCCAUGCUCCAGCUCCAGCUACGCCGCUGCUCCAGCUCCUCUUCCAGUCGCCGCCGGAGGAGCCUACCCGACCGCUCCAGCUGGAUUCGCCGGACCUGCUCCUCUUGCUCCUGGCGGCCCUAUCGCCGGAGGAUCUUAUGCUGCCGCUGGCCCUAUCGGAGGCGGUGGCGCCUAUGCUUCGCCUGCCAUCGGAGGACUCGGAGGUGCUGCUGGUGGCUACCAAACUCCAAUUGGAGGCGGAUUCCAGCAACAGCAAGGAGGAUACCAAGCCGGACCUGGCGCUGCUAUUGGAGGUGAGCAACUCCAGCAGCAAGGAGGUUAUCAAGCCGCUCCAGCUGCCGUUAACGGAGGAGGCUUCCAACAACAGCAGGGAUCCUACCAAGCUCAGCCUCAAGCUCAAGUCGGAGGUUUCCAACAGCAACAAGGAGGAUACCAGGCUGGACCAGCUGCCGCCAUCGGCGGAGAAUCUCAGCAACAGGGAUCUUACCAAGCUCAGCCUCAAGCUCAAGUCGGAGGCUUCCAACAGCAACAAGGAGGAUACCAGGCUGGACCAGCUGCCGCCAUCGGCGGAGAAUCUCAGCAACAAGGAUCUUACCAAGCUCAGCCUCAAGCUCAAGUCGGAGGCUUCGAGGUUUCUCAGAACGGCGGAUACCAGGCCGGACCAGCCGCCGUCGGAGGACAACAGCAACAAGCUUCUCAGGGGGCUCAGCAGGAGACCUACCAAGCUCCAGCCCAGUCGCAGGUCCAGAUCACCAUUCAGGAGACGGCUGCCGUACCUGCCCAGGCCUCCAGCCAGUACAAUCAGGCUCUUGCCCAGGUCGCCCACGAGCCAGCUUCCGAGUACGAAGCUCCAGAGACCGCCUCCGUCGCCCCUGAGGCUCAUCACGAGGAAAGCUCCGUCAACAAAGAGGUACAGCUCCAGAACGAGAAAAUGAACUGAACGACUUCUUUUCAGGCCGUCCAGGUCGCCACCGACAUUGAGAACUCCCAGCAGCCAAUCCAGAGCUACGAGGCCGAAUCGGAAUCUUCGGCGCCAGCCAAGGAAGCUCCCAAGGAGUCUUCCUCUUCUUCUUCGUCUUCUUCCGCGUCUUCCGACUACCUGAAGCAGCUCUAAUUACCCAAAUGGUCAGUUUUGUCAUAGUUUGCAUCAAAGAAAGUUUUUUGACGGAGCUGUUCAAUUUUUUUAAGCUUUACAUUUUCUCAUUGUUAGGUUGCUCUGCUUACGAAAAUGGGGAGUUUUUUGAGAAAAUAUUGAAAAAGAAUUGCUGAAGACACUUUUUGUACUGGAAACUUGGUGUUUCUUACUUUGUUUUCGAAAAAUAAGACAACUUUCGGUAGCAUGUAUUUUUGGGUAUAUUGAAUGAGCGCUCGAAUUGAAGAAGUCGGCUUGAUCUGAGAAUCCCUAGGAUCUGAGGAUCUCCUAGGAGAAAUCCUUUCUUUUCAUCAAAAUUAAGAGUUCCUUUCCAGACCCAGACCGCCAUCGUCAUAUCGCCUUCGCUCACUGAUGACCUCAACGUUGCUUUCAUCAUAUUUAAUUCUGGUUCUAUUUAUUGCUUUCCAAAACACGUUUUCGCAAUAUCUGUUAUCAUUCCACUAUAUCAACUGAACGAAUAAAAAUUAAAAUAAAAUGAACGUGAUUGUUGAUCCGCAUCCCACAUUUUUUGUCAUUUCAUCAAGGAAAGUGGUUGGUUGCACCUUUUCGAGGAAGCAAUUUGUUUUAUUUUCCAGUUAAGAGCAUGGGUAUUGAGGAUCUUGCGAAGCAGGUAAGAGAUAUUCCUUCACCACUGGCUCGAGACAAAAAUAAUCUUUUUUAUUAAAAAAAAAUACGUAUCUAUAGCCUUUUUUCGUCUCAAGCCAAAUUUAUUUGGAAAUAAUCGGAAGGAGCUCUGCAGAGUCAAGCAACCGGACCGCCGAAGAAGAAGGGCUAUGACGACGUCGUUUUGAGCGACCUCACCGACGACGAAGAGUUUGUCCCUUUCCCCACAUUUCCUAGUUCAAGUUCUCUUUUUCAGCCCAAGAAAGGUUGGAGAGGUGUGCAGUUGUAGGUAUUUGAAUGAACAUAUAUUUGACAGGGCAAAUCGAAGCUCGAUAAAAAGAGCUUGAAGCAAAAGCCGAAAGAAAAAUCGUCAACGGUCAACCUGCUUGACGUCGCCACAGGAAAGAAGGUCGCCUUUAAAACCCCCGCUGAUGUGUUUAAAGGCGCAGGGUUUCAUUUCAAAACUAUUCCGAGGCGAAGAGCUCUUUUCAAAUUGGUUUUAGGCGUUGUAAGAUCUCUGCGGCUUUAAACUUCAAGGUGAAAAUAGAAAAUUUUCUAAAAAACUAGGGACAAAAUAGUAAAAAUAAGAAAAUUUGUAGUUUCAAGUUUUUCAACGAGCAGGGUGUGAAAAGGAAAUUUUUUUUUCUUAAAACUUCAAAAAAAGCAGUUUCAUACUCUUCAGUAGUCCAGUACAAAAAGGUUUCAGCCUACAUCGGUGCCGCACACGAGGUCAGACAAAGUGAUAGCUACGUCGACGACGCCAAAGGAAAAGGACGGCGGGGCGACGCCGGUAGGAAACCGGAAACCCUCCCCGACUUCUGCAGCGCCCCUCCCCGGUAGCUUCUCUACUGUCGCUGCUGGGGGCUUCGGCAGCGGCGCGAGUGUGACCGGAGUCGGAGCCGUGUCCUUGUCCGCAGGUCAGGCUUUAUCCAACAACAUUCCAACUUCUGAUCUUCUACAGAACAAGACAAGAAGUUUGCCAUUCAAUCGAGCAAGGCGGAGCCGGAAAGAAGGAGAAAAGGCGGCUGCUGCAUCAUUCUCUGA